AUGUCUUGUGGAGAAAAUCAUGGUGUCAAACCCCCAAAUCCAGAACAGUAUUUGACUCCUCUGCAGCAGAAGGAGGUCACAGUGAGGCACUUGAGGACCAAGCUGAAGGAGUCUGAACGGCGACUCUAUAAGAGUGACACAGGAACCAAGACCCUAAGCAGCACAUUUGACAAGAUGGCAGAUGGGUUAUCUCUGGGAGAGCAGGUAACAGAGGAAGGUGCUGACAGUGAGCUUCUGGUGGGUGACAGCAUGGCCGAGGGCACAGAUCUGUUAGAUGAGAUGGUGACUGCCGCCACCACAGAGUCCGGUGACCUGGAGUUUGUUCAUUCCACUCCAGGGCCACAAGCCCUCAAGGCUCUCCCCUUGGUGAGCCAGGAAGAUGGCAUUGCGGUGGUGGAGCAGGCUGUGCAGACCGACGUGGUGCCGUUCAGCCCUGCCAUCUCAGAGCUCAUUCAGAGUGUGCUAAAGCUGCAGGACUCGUGUCCCACAAGCUCAGCAUCCCCAGAUGAAUCUGGAGCCGACUCCAUGGAAAGCUUCUCAGAAUCUCUCUCUGCCUUAAUGGUUGAUUUAACUCCAAGAAGUCCCAACUCAGCCAUCCUUCUGUCUCCUGUGGAGAUCCCAUUCAGCAAGGCAGCUAUGGAAGCCGGUGCAAAUCGCCUCAUGAGAGAGCUCGAUUUCAUAGUCCACACAGAAGAAUGGUUGGACGGCAUCCUCUCGCUGUCUCAGGGAGGCGUCGUGAGGCAGUACUGGAGCAGCAGUUUCUUGGUGGAUCUACUGGCUGUGGCUGCCCCUGUGGUACCCACUGUUCUGUGGGCAUUCAGUACUCAGAGAGGGGGUACAGAUCCCGUCUACAACAUCGGAACAUUGCUUCGGGGUUGCUGUGUGGUGGCCCUACACUCACUCCGCUACACGGCUUUCCACAUGAAAACCUAA